AUGAUUUUUAAUCGAAGAAUUUGUAAAGUUAUAUUUCAUCCAACGCCUCGUUUUUAUUUCUUUUAACCUCCAUAGUUUGAUAUUAACAAGGAUUAUUACAAAAUCUUAAACUGCUCAUCUGCAGAUCAAGAACAAAAGAUAAAACUAGAAUAUUAUAAAUUAGCAAAAAAAUACCAUCCUGACGUAAAUUAAGGAAAUGAAGAGAAAUUUAAAUAAAUCAAUGAAGCUUGGAAUGUACUGAAUCCAAAAAUUAAUUAGGUUCUAUCUGACAAAGAUAAAAAAUACUAAUAUGAUUCUGCAAGGUCCUAUAAAAAUAACAAUUAUGAAAAUAAUCAAAAACCCAAUUAAGAAAAAAGACAACAACAAAAUCAUGAGGAUUUUUUCAAUUAAAAGGGUUCUGAUGGAUUCUAUCAAUAGUAUUCAUAGAAAAGUAAUAGUUUAUUUUUAUAUAAGGCAGUAGUGAUUCCUAAUAAUAUUCUAAAAGAUAAAUGGAGGAAAUGUAAAAAUAAGCUUAAGAAUAUAUGAAUAUGUUUUAGAAUGGAUAAUUCUCAUAAAUGUCUAAAGCAUUUCGAGAAGCCACAAAAGGUGAUCCUAAAUUUAAUAGGAUCAAUACGUUUAUGAAUCUGGCAGAAAUGGCAGGUAAAUUUUAUUAAGAAAGACAAAGGUCGAAUUAGUAAAAUCAAUAAAAAAGAUAACAAAAUGUUUCAUCUUUUAAAGACGAAGAGGAUUAGCUCAAAGAUUCCUUAAACAAUAUAAAAAACGGUAUUAAAGGGUUAUGGGAUUAAUUUACUAAAAAAUGA